AUGGAUCAGAGUGAGAGAGUGCUGCAGACGGAGGAGGUGCAGAAGGAGCUGCAGCAGAAGGAGUUGCAGGAGGUGCAGAAGGAGGAUGGUGGAGAUCAACUUGCUGAGAAGACGGAGGAUGAGGAAGUGAAGAGCGCGAGUUCAUCAGACGCUGCCUCAGACGAGACAUCGCCAUCGCCCCUGUCCAAGAACGAGCGCAACCGCCGGAAACGAGCAGCGCGGGAAGUAGUCCCCCACUCCGGCCGCACGCGCCAGAACGUGCGCAAGUUUGAUUCCGCCGGGUUCAGGCUGCGGCAGCAGGUGCUCAGUUCCGCGCGCGUGAGCCUGCAGGACGUGUUAGGCGAGACGCCGGACGUGGCGGCGCUGGACGCGGCGGAUAGGGUGGUUACGAUCGAGGAUGAUAUCGCUGUGGGAGCGCGGUAUGUGUAUAAAGGCGACGGGCUGAGGCGGGUGCCGCCGUAUUACUUCACGUACCUUACCUUCUGCAAGCAACGAUGGCGGGACCGGAAUCUUCUCGAGAUCUUCUCGAGCGAGUUUCGCGAGAAGGAGCCGGCGUAUUAUCGCCAGCUGAUCGAUGACGGGAAAGUCACGAUCAACUCUGAGCGCGUGGGCGUGGACGCCAUCGUGCGGAACGGGGAUCUGAUCUCGCAUCGGACGCAUAAGCAUGAGCCUCCGGUGCCGGAUACGCAGAUCGAGAUUGUGUAUCAGGAUCAGGAGAUUGUGGUUAUUGAUAAACCGGCGGGGAUCCCUGUGCAUCCGGUGGGACGGUUUCGGUUUAAUACAAUCACAGAGAUUAUGAAGCAUGAGCUGAAGAUUCCUGUUCAUCCCGCGCACCGUCUCGACAGACUAACAUCCGGCGUCAUGAUCUUUGCCCGCACAGGCAAAGCCGCCAACCAACUCUCCGCCAACAUGCGCAACCGGACAAUCUACAAAGAAUACGUCGCGCGCGUGCUCGGCGAAUUCCCGCUCAACGACGGCAACGACGUCGUCUGCGACCUGCCCGUCCUCACAGUCGACCCGCGUCUCGGCCUAAACAUGGUAAAAGACGAAGGCAAGCCCGCGACAACGAUCUUCAGACGCCUGUCGUAUAACGGCAAGACCAGCGUCGUGAGCUGUAAACCGCUCACCGGACGCACACAUCAGAUCAGACUGCAUCUGCAAUACCUCGGCCACCCGAUCGCCAACGACCCUAUCUACGCCAACCGCGCGGUCUUUGGCUUUCAUCUCGGAAAAGGCGGGGAGAUCGACGAAGCCGACGUACGCACGAAGCUGUCGCGGAUGGGCAAGAACGAGCAGGCGAGGAGCGCGGCGUUCGAGGAGCUUGCGGAGCAGCAGAAUCGCGAGCGCGGGGAGAAACUUACGGGCGAGAUGUGUCAGGUGUGUCAGUCGCCGCUGUAUUUCGAUCCGAGCGUGCGGGAGUUGGAGAUUUGGUUGCAUGCGUUGAAGUAUUGGUCGACGGAGGAUGGGUGGGAGUAUAAGACUAAGCUGCCUAUCUGGGCGGCCGAGGAUUUCCAGUAG